AUGUCAGCCGUAGCGCCAGCAGGGACCGGUGCCACGGCACCUACCGCCAACGGUCCAAUCGUACCUGCUCCAGUUUUCGCGCUGCCAACGUUGUCGUUCACCGUCGGCCAGGUAGCCACCGUCUGUGAAACACUCGAGGAGAGCGGCGACAUCGAGAGACUGGCGAGGUUCCUCUGGAGUCUUCCGGUUGCUCAUCCGAACAUCCAAGAGUUGAAUCAAAGUGAGGCUGUACUGAGAGCAAGAGCGAUCGUGGCUUUUCACUCGGGACAUUAUCGAGAAUUGUACGCGAUACUGGAGAGGCACAAGUUCACCAAGGAUUCUCAUGGUAAGCUUCAAGCUAUGUGGCUCGAAGCGCACUAUCAAGAAGCGGAGAAGCUCCGUGGAAGACCGCUGGGUCCAGUGGACAAGUACAGAGUCAGGAAGAAAUUCCCAUUACCGAGGACGAUCUGGGACGGAGAGCAGAAGACGCAUUGCUUCAAGGAGAGAACCAGAUCGUUGUUGAGAGAGUGGUAUCUUCAGGAUCCUUAUCCGAAUCCGGGGAAGAAGAGGGAACUGGCCGCGGCUACGGGACUCACGCCGACGCAGGUUGGAAAUUGGUUCAAGAACAGGAGGCAAAGGGAUCGUGCUGCUGCUGCGAAAAAUAGAAUGCAACAGCAAUCCGGCACAGGAAACGGGAAUACACGCCGCGCCCUGAGUCCCGGGCCAGGCGGCAGCGAUUCGGAGGACUCUGAUAUCUCGCUAGGCGGAACAUCGCCACCGUCACCGAGUUCCUCGCCUCCGCCAACUCAUCAACCAUCUCCUGUUCCUCUCGGGCCCCUUGGACCUCUACCUCCACCGUCCUUAAAUUUCCGCUUCGAUCCUUCGCAAUCGCAGUUUCGAUUCAACCACGCGACGGCCUUCAAAUUCCCGCCGACGGGCUUCCGGUUUGGACCGCACAGCCCGCAACACAAUCAUCCGAACAUCUCGGGCGGUGGAAUCUUCAGGCUGACGGAAACGAGCCCGUUCCAAGCUGUGGGGCCCAGAGGUGAUCUUGGAUCGAGACUGCCAGAUCCUCUAGGACUACCACCACCGAGGUUGCACCCGCACGAAGGUUUGCUCCAUCAUCCGCACGUUCAGCAUCAACUGCCGGAAGGAAUGUCGAGGAUAUCAGAAGCCUCGCGACUUUCCGACGGAGGGAUCUCGCGUCUGUCGGACAGCCUAUCGGAAGCACACAGCCCGCCAUUAAUGGCGACGAACCUGUCUGUGACGGGUCCGCUAAGGGUUGCUGUACCAAGCCCGCACACGCCUUCCUCGCGAGGCAGUCCUCCAUCCAGUCAGCAGACUCCUCAGGGUCAGUCUCAAGGCCAGGGAUUGAUAAGGGUCGCGACACCUCCGCCGAAUCCGAAACCACCGCAGAUUCACAGACCUUUCUCGCCGGCGUGA